AUGGCCCUGUUCGAUGUGUUAACGCAUGAUAACUUGGAAGACUGUAGAGCUAUCUUAGAGCGCCAUCCUGCAACAGCCAACAGCGAGGGAUGGCACGGCAUAACGCCUUUGCAUCGCGCUGCAACUAGAGGGAAUAUUGACGCUUGUAAGCUUUUAAUUCAAUAUGGAGCUAAUGUCAACAAGGUGAAUGGUUUUGGUGAGACGCCGCUACACUAUGCUUGUCAGGCCGCCAGCCUGAGAUUUGUUAAUGUCCUGGUGGAAAAUGGGGCUGACUUCAAUGUGCUAGACAACGGCGGCAGAUCGUGUAUCCACCAUGCUGCAAGAAGCGGAUCAAUAUGGAAAAUUCACUACCUCGUCGCGCUUGGGUUGAGUUUAACCAAGCGAGACAACAGGGGCCAAACAGUCCUUCACAUAGCAGCUGAGCAUGGGCAUAUUGAUUUAUUGGAAUACUGUCUUAGAAACCAGAGGUUCCAGCCGGGGGAAGUAGACAAUAGUCAGCUUACACCAUUACAUAUUGCAGCCCAACACAGCAACCGCCAGUGUGCGUGGAUCUUAGAAAGCUCAAGCUCCCAGUCCUUGGUUAACUUGCGUGAUAUUCACGGCAAGACACCAAUCGACCAUGCAGCAGAAGGAGUCACCCGAGAGCACAAAUGGUUGACUACUCAUUUAAAGUACUGGCAGGCCAGCCGUUGUGGUGGUUACCGACCCUCACCCUGGUUCCCCUGGAUUCUGUUACUGCUCUGUCCAUCGCUUAUUAUCUACUUCGUGAUCUGGUGUCUGCAGGAGCUCGAACAGUCCACAGGGUGGCUUGUUACUGUGCUCGCAAUUGCGAUAUUCUACUCAUGGGCUCUGACAGCCCAUCGGAUGCGCCACAUAUCUGCCCUUCCCAGCCCAACUUUUGCUGGACUGUUUUUUGGAGUUAUCAUACAAAGUCUCAUCUGUUACUACACACAUAUUGUGCCAGCUAUUUGGCCUGAGUUGUUAUGGACGACAAUGAGUGUGUUGUUGAUGCUAGCCGUUGUAACUUCAUUAAUAAAUUUAUUUAGCGACCCUGGUAUAGUAAAGUCCCCGAGGCUCAAGCCGGAUGGAUCACCUUACACAAUCAUAGACGUGGCAGAAGGAAAAGUACCCGUAGAAGAGUUCUGCUAUCACUGUGAGCUAGUUGCCCCCAUUUUCUCCAAGCAUUGCCGUCUGUGUAAUCACUGCGUGUUGGCUAUCGAUCAUCACUGUCUGUUCCUCAUGUGCUGUGUCGGCUACAAGAACCAUCGCGCGUUUGUCGUGUUCAUGUCGCUAGUGCUGCUCUCUCAGAUGCUGUUCGUCAGGGCCGCUGUCACCUAUUUAUUGAGCGUGAUACGGACAGAUGGUUCUUAUCCUUCGUCAUUCAAGGAGGCUCUUGGGUAUGACGUGUAUGUAUCGGUGCUACUCACCAUCAACGUGCUAGGGUUCUACUACGUUUUUCUGCUAACGUUGUACCAGCUGAAGAUUGUCUCUGAAGGUGCGACCACAUAUUAUAGUCCAGAUGGGAAACCAAAAACAAAAAUUGGGUUUAAUGAGAUGUGUCGUUGUGGUCCCCCGCCGAGUUUGACGAGAGCUCAGAAUAUACUAAGGUUCUUUUUAGGGGAGUAUUCCUUCUAUAACAACAAACUAAGAGGUUACGACGUAUGACAAAACAUUUCUUGUACAUAAAAACCAGUACAUUGUUUAUUUUGAUUCAGUUUGAUUUAGUCUUUCUGUGGAAACUUAUAGGUGUGCUAAAUGCUGAAAGCAUUAUCGGAAUAUAUAAGUAAAAUCGGAAUAGUUAGGUAAAAAUGAGUUAUCAACUGAAGGAGUCGUUCUGUUGGGUCUUGAGAUGGUCAUGGUCAUUUUUGUAAAAAUUGAAGUCUUAAACUGUUUGUAUCUUUCGAAGCUAUAAGUAUGCUAUAAUUUUCAUCUUGUAAUUUCAACACCUCAAUUCAUCAUAAAAUAUAUAAUUUUUUUUUGCGGAUGUAGGGUCCUGUGUAUUUUGAAGCAAAUGAAUGACAUAAUUUAAGCAUGUGACUUUUUAUCCCAUACGCCUGAACAUUGCUGAAUAUUUCUAGCAGCUUUGUACUGUAACUGUCUCGUAUAUUUCCAUUCGUUUACUUCGGUUGUUAAAAAUAACACAUCGCUGCCCCAAGUUUAUUAACAUUGUGAUGAAUCCUUUGUAAAUGAGGCUUGUUCUUAAUUAACACGUCGUCUUCCACAUUUCCUCAUAAAAGCAAACACACAAUCGUGAUUGUCAUUGAGUUGGAAAUAUUUAUAAAAAUGUUUUCAUUUGACACAAUGUCUUCUGAAUUAAAUAUGUCUGUCGUCUUUAA